AUGCCGUCCAAGAAAGUCCUUGUCAUCAUGAGCGAUGCACACUCAAUCCCUCUCAUGAAAACCACCACGCCUGAUGCUGGCCAAAUAGUCGACCAGCCCUCGGGGUUCUUCCUCCAAGAGCUAGCCAAGCCGCUCCAGAAAUUGCUCGACAAGGGUCACGAGGUAACCUUCGCCUCCCCCAAGGGCCAAGAACCGACUCCGGAUCCGAACAGCGAAUCCCUCCUAGCAUACGCGGGCAACUUCUAUGAACGCCGACGUGAACACGAUCUCAUCGAACGCAUGAAAGCCGAGAACGGGUUCAGCCGGCCCCGACCAUUUAGUUCCAUUAGUGACGAGGAAUUGACAACCUUUGCAGGAGUGUUCAUUCCGGGCGGACAUGCACCCCUCAAAGAUCUUGGCGCCGACCCGGACCUAGGGCGUAUCUUGCGUUAUUUUCAUAAAGAGAAUAAGCCAACGGCGGCCAUCUGUCACGGUCCAUAUGCACUACUGAGUACGAAAAAGGCUGGAGAUGGGUCAUUUGUGUAUGAUGGGUACAAGAUUACCUCGUGGAGUGAUGCGGAGGAGAAGGGGGUGGAGAGCUUGUUAGGCGCGGAAAUCGAGAAAGUCGAGUCUUCAUUGAGAGAUGCAGGCGCGGUGAUGGUUGAAGGAAUGCAUGAGAAAAUUGGAGGAACUACACUGCAUCGAGAGCUGGUUACUGGGGGGAAUCCCCUGGCAGCCAAUGCUCUAGGUGAUCGAUUUGUGAGAAUGAUUAGUGUAUAA